UGACAAUACUAAACCUUAUCACAAAAUGGCAAUAUCCGGUAUACGCAUCCUCACCGUGACUAUAAAGUGGAUAGAUAUUUAUGUAAAAAGUUAAAUUGAAUUUUUCUCAAUAGAGCAUAAAUUUUCAUACGCCCCAAUUAACACUGAAAUAGGAUGUUAAGAUAUUUAAUGUAAAGAAUAUUUGCGUGAUAUCUGAUGGUUAUUCAUAACCGUUAAAAGAUGGAAUUCAGUGAUAUUAAUAAGAAACAUAGUGGUGAUAUUGAGACGAACAGCUAUGAGAAUACAAAAACAACCAAUGCAACUUUGGAAAGUGCUGAGAGUUCAAAACCUCAACAAACUGGGCAAGGAGAAGGACUGUAUGAGCAAUUAAGAUUAGAAGGAAAAGUAAACGACAGAAAGUCUUUGAGAUGCGAAGAAAUACCAAAAAGGAUCAAGUAUAUCAUCUAUAUCACUUUUGCGUUGCUUAUUGUGUUAUAUAUGAUCGUCAUUGCCUUGAUUGUCUUCGUUGCUGUUCCAAAAGAAAAAGAACAAGAUGUCGGUUGGUCACUGUGGGAAAACUGGGGAUCAUGCACUAAUAGCUGUGGUAGCGGAGUACGUACACGGUCAAGAUCAUGUACAAAUCCCAGUCCUUCUUUGACUGGUCGAUCAUGUACAGGGGAUUAUACUGAUGUUAGCACAUGUAACAGAAAAGCAUGUCCUGAACACAAUGUGGCAUUCACAGCGUACAAUAUUCUCCAGAAUUCGUCAGGCUUGUCAACCCUUUUGUUCCAGAACACCUACAUCAACAAUGGAAAUGCAUAUAACACCGCCACAGGAAACUUUACAUGUAAUGUUCCUGGUGUGUACCAUUUUGUUGUGACGUUAACAAAGCGCUAUCGAGAUACGGAAGAAAUAAAUGCAUAUUUAAGAAUCAAUGGUAGCAGUAUGCUUCCCCUGGUCUUUAAACCUAAAGCCGAUGACAGCAACGAAGUUGGAGUAUACAUGUUGACUGGUGCUGGUACCUUCCAUCUAGAUCGGAAUGAUGUUGUAUAUGUUGAUAGCUAUCCUGAAUAUUUUUAUGAGAGUAAUUGGUCUUACUUUACUGGGUUCUUGAUAACCCCUGAUCAAUAUUAAAAAAGGGCAAGGACAGAUAUCAAACAGUCAGUUGCAUAUUCACAUAAUAAAUAAAUUAUAUUCUAUAGAAAGGUCAGAUAAAAUAUAUGUGCAAGGUGAAUAAAACUUAGUUAAAACUUCUCAUUUUACUUGAGCUCAAAUGUAGACAUGAUAGAAAGCUGUUACAGGUAUGUUUUGCAUCCAUAUGUAAAAUAAUCCCACAGCAACGUAUGUAUGUUUAACAUAUGGACGAAGAGAACAAGACAAUCACAUUUAGGAAAAAGUGAGACGCCGCUAGAACGGUUAGGGAUCAUUGUCGCAGUGGUUAGCAAGUUGGACUUUAAUGCCAGCGGUCUUGGUUCACUUCCCGGUCGCGGUUGAUAUCCCGACUAGUGUUCAGUGCUGGGUGAUUUACUUAAAUUAGUACUGUUUACAGCAGUAUUGGCAUAGACUUGAUGUUGUACAGGAAAUUUUGAGGCCUGCCAUGGGCUCGGUUGGAAACAAGUUGUUCUAUCCAUUUCAGGCAGGGACUUUCGCCGACUACCCAAGUUAAACAAGAAACCUUACCUAUUAUUAUAUCUAUCCGAUAGCCACUAGCAAAUGAAGAGUAAUGAAUAAGUUCAUUUUAGUGAUAGUUUCACAUGA